CUAGCUUAUAUACCCAAACUUCUCCUCCAUUCAUUUCAUCAUCUUAAAAGAACUAGCAUAAUCCAAAGUUUGAUUGGCAGCUGAAAACAAGGAAGAAUUAGUUUGUCAGACAUGGGUGUUCUUGGAGCUGUUGCUAAACAUUUGGAUUCUAUAAUUGGGCCUGGAGUAAUGCUUCUUUUUCCUUUAUAUGCAUCAAUAAGGGCAAUUGAGAGCCCUUCAAGUCUUGACGACCAGCAAUGGCUGACUUAUUGGGUUAUAUACUCCUUCAUAACCCUCUUUGAACUAACAUUUUGGAAAAUCCUGGCUUGGAUUCCACUUUGGGGAUACCUUAAGCUCCUGGCUUGUUUAUGGUUGGUUCUACCAAUUUUCAAUGGGGCAGCUUACAUCUACGAGAAUGUAGUGAGGAAGUACAUUAAGAUUGGAACUUACGUGAACCCAAACUAUCCAGAGAAUCAAAAGAAAGUGCUCCAGAUGAUGACUUUGGAUUCUAGGAAAUCAGUGGAGCGUUACAUUGAUAGAUAUGGACCUGAUGCUUUCGAACGAGUAGUCAAAGCCGCUGAAAGAGAAGCAAGGAGACACUGAGGAGAAUCCUAAUAUGAUGAAGUCAAAGAAUUGUGGACACUUUAAUUUAUAAGGCUGGAGCAAUACUUGGGUUCUGCUAGCAGUACGAUUUCAUGUUGCAUACUUGUAUUUUAUGUAUUCUGCACAAGAAGGAAAAAAUUUGAAGGGUGUUUCUAUAUAUAUAUAUAUUUUU